AUGGCCAAACAAAUGAAACACCAACAGUUCCAAUGCUGCUAUAAGAACUGGGUGGCUCAGCAACAGCUCGAUCUGGACGAAUUACUCCAAACACUCACCAACUACCCAACCGACCUCGACUACCUCCAACUCAUAACCAAAAAAAUCGUCUCCCACUUCGAGAACUACAACAACUCUCGAGCCGAAUUAGCCAAACACGAUGGGCCUUCCUUUUUGGCUCCAAGCUGGGGGAGCACUUUUGAGAACUCGUUUCUUUGGAUCGGUGGUUGCAGACCAGCUUUGAUGAUUCGGCUCGUGUAUGCGCUAUGUGGGUCCCACCUAAAUACACACUUGGAAGAGUUUCUUGAAGGAAUUCGACAUGGAAACAUCGGAGAAAUAUCAAGCUUGCAGCUCAAAAGAAUUGAUGAACUUCAUGCUAAAACGAUUAAAGAGGAAGAUAAGCUGUCGUCAUAUAUGGCAACCUUACAGGAGAAGAUAGCGGAUGAGCCAUUGGUGUUGCUCGCAAGUGGGUGUAGGGGGAUAGGGGAGUCGAGCGAGGGUGGGGUGGUGGAUAAAACGAUGGACACACAUGCCCUUGAUCUGUAUAACGUUUUGCUGGAAGCAGAUAAGCUGAGGAUGAAGACACUAAAGGGUAUUUUAGAGUUUUUAACACCAUUGCAGGCGGUGGAGUUUCUGGUGGCUGCGAAGAAAUUACACCUUUCUUUACAUGAGUGGAGCACGAGAAGGGAUACAAGAAUGGGGAUUACUCAACUACUUGGUAGUAAUAAUCCGUCAUCCUCCGGUGACCCACCACCGCCAUUACCACCACCAGCGGAGACGUGA